UCCCACCGUAUUUCGUUGAUUGUGCUAGCCCGGGUUUCUGCAAUCCUUGCCAGUAAAAAAGUGUGUUUUUGUGUUUCAACUUCUACUAUAAAGAAGCAGUUGGUGAAUGUGAAAUUAUGCGUUGGUGCGCAGUCCUCGCUGUCAGUGUUCUGAUUCUAGCCCAGGGGGGUGCUACGCCCAGUUACCUUCCAGAAUGGAUCCAUAACGGCACAUGUCCUGAAAUGACUCACCCUGUGUUUGACGACGUCAUCGGAGCCGUGCCAUGUCCACUAAGUUGCAACAGCAUUUUAGUCGACAACGACUGUGAUGUCACCGAGAAAUGCUGCCGGACCCCGUGUAACCCAAACAGCUGGAAAUGCAUCACUCCCUUGUAGCCGCAGCACGACCGUAUAGAAAACCACAACUACAGAACCCACAAGUUCAACAACCUAAAUGAGCAAAUUUAUUCCCACCUUGUGAGUCAAAUGAACAAGAUUUCCGGCCAGCAUUGUCUGAAGAUAGCUUUGCAUGGUGUGGAUAAAUGUCCCCGUUUUGGUUUACAUUAUUUUGUUCAUUUAAUUUUCAUUAAUUAUUUCAUUAAUCUGUCCUUGACUGGCUUUGACUUGAAUACUUGUACUGAAAUUGUUUUUUAUUCGCAUUUGUUUAAUUACAUUGAAAAACAUGUUGAUUGAAUUGAAUUUAAUUGAAUUGAAUAUGAAGAAACUAUAAAUAAUUGAAAACUUGCGCGUGCGACCAUGUGUAAAUCUAUUUUGCGGGAGUGUUGGUUUUGCCUAGGGUGGCAUUUACCUCCUGAAGACGAGUAGAGUGUACUACUGUUCGAAAUGUCGAGACCAAACUGGCUCUUCCUUAAACCACAUUGCCUAGAGUCGUCUUUGUGCAAUCUUAUAGUUUUUGACUAAUUUGAAGGCACUGUUCACGUUUGGUAAUUAGUCAUAAUAUACAUUAGCAUAACAUAACUUGGUAUAACGAGCAACGUAGAGCUGUUGAAAG